GCCGCGUGCGGGCGCCUCGCAUUCCAAUGCCACCGAGAUGUGAGUAGAGUGCGGCGGGACUUCGCUGCUUCCCAACGCGACUCUCCGUCUUCCAGGCAGUUUGUACGGGUUCAAAAUGUCCAACUCCAAGGAAGGGACCUCCUGUCCCGACGGCUACCGGGCUUUAAGCACUACCGAGCUGAGGGAGCUUUUACACAGCGACGACAAAAUGGACCAAAUUAUUCGACUCAAUGAGAAGUUCCAGGAGCUCCAGGUUGACCGGGACAUGCAGCUGACCUCCAACCGGAGCCUGGCCGAGGAGAGCCUGGCUCGGCGACCCCGCCUCAACAACGGCAAGCUCCAGCUGGCAGAGAAGUACAAGGAGCUGUCCAACCUCGUAACCACAUGCUGGGAAAAACAGAGUCAGCUGGAGGCUCGCGGGCCGAGGCGCAGCCUGCAGACGGCGCAGAACCUCCUGCAAGAGGAGGUGGCACGUGCUGAAGAACACUCCGAGGAGCUGCUGGAGAAGUUCAUGGAGGGCAACGUGAGUCUGGAUGAGUUCCUGGAUUCGUUCCAGAGCUCCAGGAAGAUCUACCACAUCCGCCGGGCUCAAACAGAGAAGAUCCAGGAGGCCGUUCAAGCCAGGAAGCAGCCCAAUAAAAGCAAGAGACCCGAGGAGAGUCGGGUCCCAGAGGCGAAGAAGGAUUCCGAGCCGCAGCAGGAGCCUCAGCGGCCCAACGGCUUUGUGGCACAGGGGCCGCUCCGAGUGUUCCAGGUCCGAUACGGCUUGACACCGGCCAUCCUUGUCCCCCAUUACCCUGUUUCCCCCCCUGCCUCUGCACCGAGCCAUCAAAACCCUGCCUCUGAACCCCCAGUGGGCCAGACCCACAUCUUGAGCCCCAGCAGCCCGAUCCCAGGACACGGCCAGCCAGUCGGCCUCCGGGUCAUAGGCCAGCUGCCGGGCGGCUGGCCCGCUAACGGGCGGCCGGUCCGGGUGCAGCAGCUCUACAGACCCAACCCGCAGCAGCCCGAGCCGCCAUACCGAUAAGCUCCAGCAGGGGGCAGUAUAGAGACAGUUAGAGAGGUCUUCCAACCCCUGGAGCCAAGCGGCGGCUGUCACAGUCACCCAGGCAGGCAGGCAGGACCGAGGUCCGACGUUUUUGUUGUCCUCCAUGGCAGGAAAGCAAGAACAGAAAGGUAGUGAGGCGGCAGACAGGAGAACCGGGGAUGGGCUGGGAAAACGGCUCAGGUUCAACUCUGGUGAGCUAAUCUCCUCCAAAACAUCCACUAAUCUGCUUUUAUUACUUCAUAAAACCAAAACAGGAACAGCUGCUGUGUGCUGGUUUGAACCUUUCUGGGUCCCUCAACAUUUUCUACAUAGUUUAUGCAAAAAAAAAAAAAAAUUUCUUAAGGAAUUUGUAUUUUCUUUUAUAUAGUUUUUAAAAUAAAUGGAGCAAUCUGCAGCCAUUAACCAUUUUUGUGCCCUUCUGAAUCUUUGGUUAUAUCAGCUCCUGGGCCAGACUUUAAAAAAAUCCAGCCUUCUUCAAAUUAAACAAAAUUUUUGUGAAAUCAUCGAAGGCUAACAAAAUUAUAAUGACACAAACAAAAACUUCUGCUGCACAAACGUAGCAUACAUAGUUGAUUGACACCAUAUUUCAAAUGAUUUUGUAAAUGUGGACCAUCUGGUUGACCUUUGAACUCCGAAGAUAUUUAUGUCUUUAAAAUGAUAGUGGCACAAAUGUAAAUUUGACACCAUUUUUGUUUAAUUUUUCUGUUGCUCUUUGCCACAUUGUUAUUUUUAAACAAUGUGGCAAUGUGGUUUCAGAAAGGUUCUCAUCCAGAUGAAUCUGCCCAAAUCAUUGUUUUAAACAUGCCAAACCCAUAGGGGGCAGUGUAGCGCGCAGCUAAAUCCUGUGAGCCAAUCGGAUUUCUUCAAAAGAACCAUAACUUCCUGUUAGAAACUAAGCAUCGUGCCCGGAGGUUCGAUUGUCUCUACAGAUAUAUAGGCUCAACUACUUUUAAAUAUCGUAUUGGAAUAUUAAGUUAUUAAAACAUAAAAUGAUGCAGAUUGGGAAUUGUGUCAAAGUAGGUACGUGGAUUAAUUGGUGCAUUAUUUGUUGCAGACUGCGAUGUGCAGGACCGUAAAUCUGUUUCCCAAUGUACACACAAGCACAAAAACUGAGUUUUCUCAAAUUUGAUCGGAGUUUUAAUAAAUAAAUGGAGUUUUUGCGUGGAUGAAAGGGCAAAGCGAAUAAAAAUUUCAGUCUAUGGACACAAGAUUUUCUAUUUGCAUAUUUUUAUCACUUAAACUGAAAUUUUGGUGAUUAGAAAGUCUGAAAACGUGUGAAUAUUAUGUAGUUAAAGACUGCAGUGUAUAAUGGCACUAAACAAAAUGGUGAGGAACAAAAAUGAAGGGAUAAGAGAGACAACACUGCUGCUAUCGAAGCCCAUCCCCAUGGAGAACAACAUGUUUUUAAUGGUUAAUUCAAAUUAUUUUCUAAUAUAUUUUGUAUUUUACAACAAUGAAAAUAUGAAUAUGAAAGCACAGAGCAAAGUCAGAUGUUGGAAGAAGAGGAGAAAGGAUCUUAUUGUUAGUUCAUACAGCUUGAAACAAAGAGAAGCUCAUCCAGCUGAACGAUGACGUCAGUAAAGAGGCGUUGGACAUAAAGUCCUGUUGUUUUCCGUUUAAAACAGAGACCUUCAUGCUUGGAGUCGUUCCCAGGAUAGGGAACGCUGCGGGAAGUUGGAAGGAAUGCGGCUGCAGACUCGUCUCUUUCAGCCUUUCUGCUGCGACUUCAUUAGCGCGGCUCGUCGGCGGGCGGCUUAUUUAUUCAUGUAAAUCCAGAUUUUUACGUCCGACUUCAAAGCUCCUUGUUUACCGAAUGAGGAGCCGCUUCCGCCUUUCCAAGGAAGCCACCGUUUUUAUUCCUGAGCCGCAAAGUGCGAAUGUCACCGCUUCCCCGCCGCCUGUCCUGCAGAAAUUUACAAAAGAAAGCAGUUUGGCUCUGUUCUUCAACAUCAGUUUGUUCAUCACUCAUCGGUAUCUCAUAAGUGCAUGCUUACAACAGCUUGUUCAAGUACAUGAAAAUGCCUUCAAAAAGCCAGCGCCCAGUCGCAUAAUAAACAGGGAGAAGAUUUAAUUUGACUUUCUCUUCUAAUUUGAAAAAGAUCCUUUAAAUGCGGGGAAAAGUGAAGUGACUGGUUGUUUUUGUGUUUAACUCUUCAAAACAAGGAAUGAAUUUUUCUGUUUAGUAGCUUUUCAGUCCCUGAGCUUAAUGUGCUUUUAUUAGGAUUGAACCAAUUUUCUUAAUUUUGGGAGACCAGCACUUGACUGAUACUUCCUUAUGAAAAGGUCUUAUUGUUGCUAAAAAAAAAUCUGAAUUGUCAGGUCUGGUUUUUUCAGUUGAACUUCAAAAAUAUUAUGUUGAUCCCAAAUGGAAAUUAAAUGUUGUAACUCAUUAAUUUGAAGACUUAUUGUAGAUGGUGAUGGCUGUUGGCAGAAAGAUCUCUUGCAGCCGUCUGUAUUACAGUGCGUUUGAAGGAGCCUCUGACUGAAGACGCUGUUUUCUCAACAGCCUCAUGAAGAGAAGGGUGAGGCCUGUCCAUAGUUUUCUUCGUUUUGUGAAGAAUCAUUCAUUGAGAUCUCAGAAUUUGAAAAUGUGAAUUUUUUUAAAAAUUAUGCAAACAUCUACAUUUUUGAAUGGAAACAUUUUAAAGAUCAUUGAUCAAACAGAAAACUGCAAUCAGUGCAUCCCUAGUUUUCAUGAAAAUGAUGCGUUCUCAGAGGCGAAGUUGUAGCUAAAAGUUGGCUCGUGUUUGUCUUUACAGCUAAAGAAAGGUUAACCUAAAAAAUAUCCUUUAAUUUCAAACUAAAUGCUGAUGAUUUCUACCCAGAAUGAUGAAGAUCCUCCUGCUAGUUUCUGUUGAACAAAAAAGCGAUGACUCUCACGCUUCCCCCCCUCCUCGGCUCAUUUUGACUGAGAACCCAAGUGGCUUUUCUAUUUUAGGCUUGUCUUUGUUUUGUCUGCUUUGUUGACAACAAAUUGGUUUGUUUUGAGGAAAAAAACACAAUAGAGUUCAACAACAACCUACGGAAAAUCUGACAGGACAAGAAAACAGAUUGGGAGGUGAAGAACAUUCAGCCUUUAUGUUGCCUUUACAGAUUUAGUUUUGUUGUUUGUAUUAUUUAGUCAAUUGAAAUGCAAACGAGAGCUAAAACUACAGCCCCGUUUGUCAUAAAGUAUGAGAAAAGCUGCAGGAAAAGAAUUUUCCUCUUUGUUUAGGAUUAAAAAAAUAAAGAUAAAAUUUAGCAAAAAGAGGAUAUAUUUUGUUUUCCUGCAGGAUGGAAAAUGAUGUAAUAAAAAAAAAAAAAAAACCCAAAACAGAUUCCAACCUAAUGACAAGAAAAGCAGACCUAAAAGCAUAUUACUGGUAAUUUUAGUGUAACUUUUUGUGGAAAUUAAAUGCAAAUAUCGUAGAAAAAACUGUUAAAAACCGACAUUUGUGAUAUCUAUAUUUAAAACACUAGCUAGUUACUUUUAUGUCUUACCCAAAGUCAUUAAGAAGCCACAGUUUUCAGAAACCUGAUUUAGGGUAAUUAAUCUUCAAUGGUCCUAAACCCAAAAGAACAUGUUCUAUACUGCAUAAACAAAGUCUUACAAAGUAUUUGGGUCUGGUUUCUAGUGCAAAUAUCUUAAUACAGUUGAAAUUCGACUAAAAUAACUUUUAUGCAAUUUUUUUUGUCAAUAAUUCAUUAAUAUUGAUUGAAAAAAGUGUUAGUUCUACUGGCAGAAAUGAAAUGAUCUGCCAGGAACUAUUUACUUAAAAAAAAAAGGUCUAUAUCUUUCUGAAAAGUUACUUGUAAUUAUGUUCGUUUUACUUCAAGUGUACUGAGAUAUUUGUACUGGAAACUAGACUAAAAUACUUUGUGUACUUCUUGUUACGUUGGGCUUUGAUGCGACUGGGCUCUGGCUUCAAACAUGCUGCGCCCACUCAGGUUCUUAUAGGGAAACAAAAACGGCUUCAUAAGUUGUAGUUGUGGCGAUGAACUCAAGUCAGACUAAAAAGAUCAGUGAAACCAAAUCACCGUCGACUUUCUACUGUCGCUGCGAGAUUUUACUAAAGAGGUUUUAGGAGUUUUGUUGUUUCUCAGUCCUGAUUUCUGUUUUUCUUGGCGUGUCGUAGUGACGUGUGAAACUGGUGGUUCAUGUCAGCCUGGACAUGUGUGAAAACUCGAAUAUUGAUGUGAAGUGCUUGUUUUUUUCUUUUGUUGUUUUUGGGUUUUUUUGUCCAGUCUGUACCUAAGGUGUGUUUUCUAAAGAGAGCUCGUCCCAGCAGCCUUCUUCUUGUUAAAAAAACCAAGAGCCAGACGUUGGCCAGCUUUAAACGCCACGCAGGAAUCUGACGCGGAGCCGCCGCAGGCGCUCGUCAAAGCUGAUCAGCGGCGCAGCGUGUAAGGCUGAGCUAAUAAUAUCCCAGUUAGCUGAUGCUUGUCGCUACGUUGGAGCGUGCGACACAUUCAAAACACGAUGAAGCUCGUCGGCUCGUCGUCGGCUGUUUGAUGUGAUCAUGGAAGCAGCAGCAGCAGGUAAAUAACUCGGUUUUAUCUGCCAGCAGAAAACAUAAUUAUCCUUAAAAUGCUGUGGUUGAGCUUUCUGCUGCAGUGACUGCUACUUUCCAACCCAAAACCAGGAGGCUAAAUUAUCUAAUUUGAUAUUUUCCAGUACCAAAACCAAAAUGUGGAGACACUAACUGCAUCCAGAAAGUGAAGCAGUUUGAUAUCGGAGAGAGCUGGAUGGACUCUGGAUGCAAAUACACAAAAUAAAUAAAUCUCAAUACCUACAUUUGAAUGUAGGUUAGUCGUGAAUUAAAAUUGAAAUCUUUAAUUUUAAUUAAACAUUUAAA